UCUGUUUUUAGUGCGAAAAGUGCAGCCAAAAUGACCUCAGAAAGCAAGAUGAUUCUACUCUUCCUUAUCGGUUGUCUGAUCAUGCACUCAAUCAACGCCCUGCCCUUCGAUAGGUUCAGCCGGGAGGAUGAUGAACGGAACAACGAGGUCAGCGGUGAAUGGUUCAAAAAGCCCAUCCUCAGGUUGGAUCGUCUUUUUAGCAGCGGAGAAAAGCCGUCGGAAAGUCGCAAAGAAGUGAUCAGACCCAGCAGAAGCAAUAAGGAGGAAACCACGCAGAGCUCUAAGCAUGCCCACUCUAUGAUCACCUCGAUGCUUGGUUUUGUCAGCAGUGUCAUUAACUUUGGCAGAUCCUUCAUAAGGGAUGAAUAGAGAACUUCCUAGUCUUAUAAAAAUAUUUAAUAAGUUUAUCAGACAAGUCUCGUGAUUCCAUUUGCCAAUUAUUAUAGUCUUGAAUAAUAAUGAAGAUCCUGUAGAACAUAUUCUUAAGGAUUAAAACUAAAGCCUGGUUAACUUUUAGUUAUUUAUGUUAUUCAUUUCUUAGAUAAAUCAACUUUACUUACCUAUUUUGUGAAUUCUUGUUUAUUUUUAAAUGUUUUUAGGUCAAUGAUAUAUUAAAUUGUACCAUUUAAAACCAUGAACAUGUUUUACAUAUACAAUAAAUAUAACUGUAUUAAAAGUA